AAGUCAUUAAAAAAAAUACAAAUAUGUCCAGAAAAUACACCAAAAAAUCUCUGUGGGCUUUUAUUCUGUAGCCCCGCCCCCACCCUACAGCUCGGGGGGCGGAGACAAARCGGUGACGCACUCUGCGGAGCCGCUAAGGGAGGAGCUUCCCCUCAGUUUUACGUCGCAGCAGAGCUUCUAUCUGAUUGGUUGUCAGUGAGUCCUGGGCGUCCGAUGGAAAGAAGGGAAAAAAGCAGUAAAAAUAGAGCAGAGCAGAAAAAGUCACCACAAAUGAUUAUUAACCUCGGCUCCGGAUGGUUCUGUUGGACCACAGCGGGCUCGUCCGCUUUGAUUGUUCGGUAAAAAGAGAGAGACGGAGGGAUAUUUGUGAGGAUUAACGCGGAGGCAGGCAGAGAGAAACCCGGAGCAGCUGGAUUAACCGGAUUACUGCUGGAAAAAAGGGAAAACAAACGGCGCUAAGAGGACAUUUAGUCCGGACAGGAUGAGCUGACUGCCGGGGAAACGGCUGGUUCUGUUCGGUAAACGAACUACACACCGAGGCUCCGACGGGUUUUUAUUUCCUGGGGGUUUAACUUCGCUGCAUUAGGACUACACGGUAAAUCGUUGGUUCCGGUCCAGGAGAGCCCCCUUCAGUUCGGACCGAGCAGUUUAGUGCGCCGGGUCUGAGCCCGGAGAUCCCCGCCGCCGGAGCCGAUGCCCACGGCCGACUGUAGGCUGCUCCAUCAUGGCCGGAUCAUGAGGUGUUUGACCUAUCUGUUCCUGCUCCCAGAAACGCUGAAGAAGUCCAGGAAGGUCAGCGGGCUCCCGGGCAGGCUGCCGGUAUGUUCUGAGAUCCUGACUCUGUCCCUGACGAGCACCAAGAAGAAACAGAAGCAGCAGCAGGAGGAGGAGAAGAUGGCUGCGGAGCUGUACCCCGCCGCCGGCACCGACACCACCAGCCUGGCCAGCGGCACCACGGUGGAGGACAARCCCGGGGAGGUGCAUCUGAGCCCGGGGAGCAGCGUGGGAAACAGCGCGGCCACCACCCCGACCACCCAGCAGAACAUCACCAACAACAACACGGAGCCCCCGGGCAGCUGGCAGUGCAGCCACCCGACCCUCCGGGAGAGGAACGCCUUGAUGUUCAACAAUGAGCUGAUGGCUGACGUGCACUUCAUUGUCGGGCCCCUGGGGGCCUCACAGAGGGUCCCUGCACACAAGUACGUGCUCGCCGUGGGAAGCUCCGUCUUCUGCGCCAUGUUUUACGGCGACUUGGCGGAGGAGGAGCCCGAAAUCCAUAUCCCAGAUGUGGAACCUGCUGCUUUUCUAAUUCUGCUGAAGUACAUGUACAGCGAUGAGAUCGAGCUGGAGGCGGACACGGUGCUCGCCACGCUCUACGCCGCCAAGAAGUACAUCGUGCCGGCGCUGGCCAAGGCCUGCGUCAGCUUCCUGGAGACGAGCCUGGAGGCGCGGAACGCCUGCGUGCUGCUGUCGCAGAGCCGGCUGUUCGAGGAACCGGACCUGACGCAGCGCUGCUGGGAGGUGAUCGACGCGCAGGCCGAGCUGGCGCUGCGCUCCGAGGGCUUCUGUGAGAUCGACCUGCAGACGCUGGAGAUCAUCCUGCAGCGCGAGACGCUCAACGCCAAGGAGGCCGUGGUGUUCGAGGCCGUGGUGGACUGGGCUGCGGCCGAGUGCAAGAGGCGGGGCCUGGCCCCCAGCGCCCAGAACCGCAGGGAGGUGCUGGGCCCGGCGCUCUUCCUGGUGCGGAUCCCCUCCAUGAGCCUGGAGGAGUUCGCCAACGGCGCGGCGCAGCGCGACAUCCUGACGCUGGAGGAGACGCGCAACCUCUUCCUGUGGUACACCGCCGCCCACAAACCCACGCUGGACUUCCCGCUGGCGCCCCGGACGGGCCUGGCCCCCCAGCGCUGCCACCGCUUCCAGUCCUCGGCGUACCGCAGCAACCAGUGGCGGUACCGCGGGCGCUGCGACAGCAUCCAGUUCGCCGUGGACCGGCGGGUCUUCGUGGCGGGCCUGGGCCUCUACGGCUCCAGCGGGGGCAAGGCCGAGUACGGCGUCCGGAUCGAGCUGAAGCGGCAGGGCGCCACGCUGGCCCAGAACCUGACCCGCUUCGUGUCGGACGGCUCCAGCGGYACCUUCCCCGUGUGGUUCGAGCACCCGGUGCAGGUGGAGCAGGACGCCUUCUACACGGUGAGCGUGGUUCUGGACGGCAGCGAGCUCAGCUACUUCGGCCAGGAGGGCAUGACCGAGGUGCAGUGUGGGGGGGUCACCUUCCAGUUCCAGUGCUCCUCGGACAGCACCAAYGGGACCGGGGUCCAGGGGGGCCAGAUCCCAGAGCUGGUCUUYUACUCCUGAGACCCCCGUUAGCCCCUCGCUGGCUGGACGCCCCGCAGCCGCUCGACUUUAUUUAUUUUUUUAUUUAAACACCGACUCCAGCUGGGUCCUGCUGGGUCCUGCUGGGUUCGUGAGUCGGGCCGAACCGGACCAGAACUCUCUGCAGUUCUAGCAGCGGACUUGAUGGUUCUGGUUCUAGAGACGCUCCAGAACCCGUUUGAAACUCUGGGUUGUGUGUAAGCUGUUGUGUAAAAUAAAGCUGACGGUUCUGA